AUGACAGCCGCUGCCGACAUUCUCUUCAACAACUCCAACAGCCUCUACGGACUGAAGCAAACACCCCAGUACUCUCCCGGCAAGACGUCCCAGUUAUCUCUGGCAAAAGAGCCCGAGUUACCACUUAUCUCCAACAAAUUCGAUCAAUUCCUGCACACCCACCCAAAUGUUGAAUACAUCUGGAUGCAAUGGGUCGACUACACAGCAACCGUGCGUGUGCGAAUGAUUCCAAUCCACGAAUUUGCUAGGAUCGCUCAAUCACAGCGGCGAGUGGGUGUCUCGAUAGCAGUAUUUUGGAUGUUACAGGAUGACUUUGUCGCACCAGGAGGAUCAACCACUGGACAGUUCUACUUGGAGCCGGACCUCGACAGUCUGUAUCUCAACGGGGCUAUGACAACUCCGGCUGCACCAAGCGCGACAGUCAUGACCUUCUGGCGCUCAGAAACAAAUGACCCAAUGGACGAAUGUCCGAGGACCACGUUGCAGAAUAUCGUCGACAAGCUACAUGCGGAAUAUCAAAUUGAUAUUCUUUGUGGCUUUGAGAUUGAAGUAAUAUUCUUGCUGCCUGCCGCAACCACUGACGACGCCACCGGCAGAACGACAGAGUACCGACCAGCAACAACCAACCACUCCUGGUCACAGAUGACCGCCGACACGCGGCGAAUGGUUCCGCUCCUUGAAGAAAUUGUGCGCACGUUAGCAUCUAUGGGCAUUGAGUUACAACAAUUCCACGCCGAAUCAGCACCCGGACAGUUCGAAUUCGUUCUUCCUCCUGCCAACCCUCUCAAAGUCGUCGAUGCUCUUUUCGCCGCUAGACAAGUCGUUGCAGCUGUCGCAGACCGGAAUGGUAUGCGAGCUACGCUGUAUCCGCGGCCAAUUCCUGGUAAUGCAGGUAGUGCCGCCCACACACAUCUCUCUAUCGACCCUCCGACUCGCCAAGAUGCCUUCCUCGCCGGCAUCCUCACUCACUAUCCAGCCCUGGUAGCCUUUACACUUGCCCAGGACGCAAGCUACGAGCGCGUGGAAUCGGGUGUCUGGGCUGGCUCUGAAUGGGUUGCCUGGGGGUUCCAAAAUCGCGAGACUCCUGUUCGCAAGGUCGGCCCGGGACACUGGGAGUUCAAAUCGCUGGACGGUCUGGCAAAUCCAUACCUGGCUGUUGCAGCUGUUUUGGCCGGUGGGUAUUUGGGGUUGAAGGCUGACAUGCCUCUGACGAUACAGGAUUGUACCGGUAUGAUUGUCCAUGCUUUUUCGCUGUCAAUACGAAAUCUGCCCUUGAAAAAAGUCCCGCUAAUAAAGUUCUCUUUCAGUCGAUCCGUCUACUCUCUCUCAUUCACAACGCACUGCCAUUGGGAUUACAACUACUCUCCCAAAAAGCAUUUCUCAGAGUCUCGCGGCUCUCGAAGCCGAUGA